AAUAAUCAAGAACGGCAAUAGUAAACACGCACGUAAACACGUGAGUUUUUUACUUAACCUUACUUUUUCUGAACGAAAAAGAAAUUUGUAAAUAAGAAAUAUGGAUAUUUCAGUUAAUUUUAAAGGUGGUAGUUCGUUUAUAAAGCUAGAACCGGUGUUUUCUACCAAUGGAGAAAAUAUAUUUGUAUCGUCAAGAAACUCCCUUUUCGAAUAUAACACAAGAACUGGCAAACUUAUUUAUGAAUAUAAAGGACUUAAAAGCAACGUUAUAGGUUUUAAUUGUGCCUUAAUAGACGACUUUGAAUGUUUAAUUGCAUGCUCAGAAGAUGGGCAAGUUAUUGUAUGGAAAGUUGUAUUUAAGGUGAAAAUACAUGAAUGGCAAUUGACAAAAAGCAAUCUACGUAGUUUUGAUUUAAUUUCUUUUCAAUCAGAGAAAGGUCUCGAAGCUUUAGUGUCUUUUAAAAACAAAAACGAGAAGAUAUUGUUCGCAGUUACAAAUUUAAAGAAAGGAGGCAUUAAAACGUUAUUAAAAGUUAGCAUUUCAGAUAAUUACGCAAUGGAUGUUAGUCUAAAUAAAUAUUUUUCUCUAGUACACCAAAAUACAGUACAUUUUGUUAAUUUAGAAUCAAAAACUAUGAGCAAAUACACUAUGUCAAGGAACAGGACUUUUACUUGUGUAGCAUGCCAUCCAAAUGAACAAGUAGUUUUAACAGGAGAUAACACUGGUAGAGUAGUUGUAUGGCAGGAUAUUUUUAAUAAACAAACACAAGCUGUGUUUCAUUGGCACAAUUUGCCUGUAACCUGUCUAGCUUUCUCUGCUUCGGGCAGUAAUUUUUACAGCGGAGGCAACGAAUGCGUUCUUGUAAAAUGGCAAUUUGACCGACCAAAUUUUAAACAAUUCCUACCCAGAUUGCCUGCAGAAUUGCGUCAUAUUACAGUAUCAGAAAACAAUGCUUAUCUAGCUGUGGCAACUUCUGAUAAUGCCAUAAGAAUAAUCGAUUCCAGAUUGAAUCAAAUAAAUCUGAUACAAAACUUAGUUUUUGGAAGACAAUUUGAGAGUGGUAUUCAUUUUGACCCGAUAACAAGAUCUUUGGUACUGAAUGGCAACACUGGAUGUGUACAGUUCUAUUCUCCUAACGAUAUGUCCUUGUUAUAUAAUAUUGAUAUUGUCGGUCAAAAUAAAGUUACUGAUGAGAGAGAAACCAAAAUGGAGAAUACCGAAGUUAGAAAACUGGCCUUGAGUAAAACUGGAAAAUGGCUGGCAACAGUGGAAGAUCGAAAUGGAGAAAAGAAUGUUUGUGAAGAAGUUAGACUGAAAUUUUGGCAGUUUAAUACAGAAAAACAAAUUUAUGAACUUAGUACAUCCAUAGAAUAUCCUCAUGAAAGAAAAAUAAGUAAUAUUGCUUUUCAACCUGUGGUAAAUGAGAAUUUGAAAUGUGUGACUAUAGGUGAUGAUAAGAAAUUUAAGAUAUGGCAGGUAACUGAAUCUACAAAUAUCUACAAAACUGGACUGGUUUGGAAAUGCCUGAGUAUCGGUUUCUAUAGACAUUUACCGUGCAAAUCCCUGUCUUUUUCUGCCGAUGGUUCACUGUUUGCCACCGCUUUUGAAUCAAUUCUAACCACCUGGACUCCGGAUUCAUGUGAACUGAAAUGUUCACUGGUUCAUCCCAGCUAUAAAGGACGCAUUAAACACGUGAAUUUUGGUCAAGGAAACCAGUGUCAUUUGCUUGUAUCAGCUACUCAAAACCAAGUUUCUGUUUGGAAUUUAUUGAGUUUGUGUAUGAUAUGGACUGUCCAAUUAAAUGAGAUCAAUUUACUUGUAGCUGACUUGUUAUCAACGUAUAUGGCAGUAAUAUGUCGGGAUAAUAAGCUGUUUAUUUUCGAACCUUCCAAUGCCACAGCUCUUUUCACAAGUGACAACUUGUUAAACAAAAAAGACAAAAUUGUAGCUGCAGCUUUCAUCCCCGGAAAAUACAGCCAUGAUUCUAGAUUAAAGUGGUACGAAAGAUCAACUUUGUAUUAUAUAACCGAAAAAAACGAACUCUAUUCUAUAAGCAAAAGCGAAGAACCGUUUGAAUAUGUGGAAAAUAUUGAAGAUCUAUCGGAAGAUACGUCGAUAUUUAGUAAAAUUAAAGCAGCUGCUAUCACACAAACGAGACAAGAAGGUUACAAGAAUCACCUGUUUGAAAAAGAUGUUGGACAUAAGACAUUUAAAGAAUAUCUCGAAGCGCCACUCCUUACUUUAGCACCUGUCCGGCUUCAAGCAGCUUCAAUACUGAAAAGUUUUAUAUUACAAAAGGAAAGUGUAGCAACGUAGUUUUGUAAUGAACGAAUGAUGUAAUAAAUGAAAUGUUUUAUUUUUA